AACAUUCUUAGCUUAAAACAGUUCACAUAAAAUAAUUAUUUUGAAAAAUAUGAUUGCAAGACGACAACGACGGAAGAGUGUACAAAAUAGUGAUCCCGGCAAAAUCUUGGACCUGGUCAUGAGCUUAACUGACGAUAAGAGUGCCCAACUGCAAACUAAAAUUAAUACCUAUCUCAUCCAAGAAUGCGAGGCAGAGCAGGCUUUGCUUGUAGCAGUGAGCAGGGAACACUCCGAUGCUUUCAUAGAAGCUGUCGGCUCCUCGAUGUUGAUGCGCAAGCGUAAGAUAUGCUUGACUGAAAAAUUUAAAGUUGUUCUUGAGUCAGUUGGCGAGCAGACAGAGUACUUAAGUAAUAUGGAAGAGGAUUUUAAGAGUUUUGUUGAACCUACUUUGGAAUCGGAGAAUCCUAAGAAGCGUGUGGUGAUGUUCCCAAUCCCCGACGACCCUUUCUCCCUGAUAGUCUGCAUCGUGUCACCAACCGUGCAGGAGGAUCGCGUGGGCCUUAUUAUAUACGAAGCCUUCUUAUUUUUCUGGCCAGUGCUGAAGAAGUCAAUAAUGUUGGAAUACGAGCGCACAGUGAAGUACAAGUGCCAGCAACUGCUACGCGUCGCCAGGAGACUCUUCACUCAGGUGGAGAAACUGCAGACGCUAUUGCACAUGGCUAUGGAGCAGGCCAAGAUGCUGAUGAGUGCCGAGUACUGCUCCGUCAUGCUCAUAGACGUAGACCAAAUGGAACUGGUGGAGAUAUACGACCCUAUGGAGCUGCAAAUGACUAACACGGAGACGAUGAAAAGACGUUUCAAAAUGGACGUCGGUAUCGUGGGCAUUGUCGUCAACACGGGUAACCUCGUCAACGUUAAGAAUCCAGAGAAACAUCCCAAAUUUAAUCCAGAAAUCGAUGCUUAUCCUGGAAUCAGUUGCAGGUCUCUUCUAUGUUUCCCAAUCCGCGACCAGUCCGGGAUAAUCGGUGUAGGCAGCCUGUACAACAAGUUGGGCGACCCGUACUUCGACGCGAUGGACGAGGAGAUGGCUCUGGCAUUCAGCGUCUACUGCGGCGUUUGCAUCGUCCACUCCAUGGUCUACCAGAAGAUGCAGGAGGCGCACAUCCGAAACGCGCUUGCCAACGAACUCGUCAUGUAUCAUAUGAAGGUGGGGGACGCGGAGGUGAGUCGUCUGCUGGAGUGCACUGGCUUUCAUAAGCACCCGCACUUCGCCAGUCUCAGCUUCAAUGUGCGCGCCUUGCCGCCGCGCGAGUUGCCCUGCUAUGUGCUCAAAAUGUUCUCAGACCUCGGAUUGCAGAAGAAGUUCAAUUUAAACGCUAUGAAGCUGGCAAGAUUUGUGCUGCACGUGAAGAAGGGCUACCGCGAUGUUCCCUACCACAACUGGAUGCACGCCUUCAAUGUCGCGCAAUGGGCCUACGCCGCCCUCGUCAACUAUAAGCUUGUCUCCUCGGGAUACCUUAAUGAUUUGCAAGCACUCAUGUAUUUGAUAGCAUGUCUGGUGCACGAUCUUGAUCAUCGCGGGACUACCAACAGGUUCCAAAUAAUGGGGCAGACGAGCCUGGCGGCGCUGUACUCUAGCGAGGGUAGCGUGAUGGAGCGCCACCACUUGGCGCAAGCGGUGUGCGUGCUGAAUACUGAAGGCUGCGAUGUACUCGCCGCGCUGCCCCGCGCCGACUACGAUCGCGCCAUUAUUAUGCUCAAAGAUUAUGUCCUGGCUACAGACUUGGCUAACUUUUUCAAGAAUCUUCCCGAGUACGAAAUGAUAGCAAUGGACUACCAGAAAGGCAACCGACUGCACUGCGCGGCGCUGCAGGCUCUGCUUAUGAAUUCCGCGGACCUCAGCGACCAGCUCAAAGACUGGUCCGUUAUAAAGAAGACAGCUGCAGCAGUAUUGACUGAGUUCUUCAAGCAAGGAGAACUAGAGAAGAGCCGCGGUGAGCCGGCGUUGACUUUUAUGGACCGAGACAAGUGCUUUAUACCCGCACUUGAACAGGAGUUCCUCACAACCACUUGUAUGCCACUUUAUAGUCUCCUUGCUAAAAUCAUACCAAAAGCUGAAGCUUGCACUAAAGUUUUAGAAGGUCAUCUUAAACAAUGGGAGGCCGCGUCAUACGUAUUUUCUGAGGUGCCGAUAUCUGCCGGUCUGUCUGUACUACUCAGUCCGGAGUUGGACAACUUGAUAGAACAGAGCAUCAAGGAGAGGGAGGAGGAACUGGCGGAGAGCGCCAAGAAGACUGAAGCUACUGAUGAGGACUAGAAGACUUUUGCUA